AAAAAAAACACAAUCUAGUGACGUCAUCGAAUUCGCGCCAAAUCCUUCUGUUGCGUGAUGACGCCAUCGCAAAACCGGCGAGGUUGUACAAACACGUCACAGCGCGGUUGUACAAUGACGUCACUGCGCGGUCGCUCGAUGACGACACUGCGCGAUGACGGAAGCUUGUUAACGGUUUGGGGCUGCUCGGCCAAUCACGACGCGAGGUUAUCGCGGUGACGUCACGCGGCAUUGGCGGAAACCUGCAGGGGGCCGCACGUGAGCCACGGAGCGAGGCUAGGUUCCGCCCCCAGGCACGAGCCACCUUUUGCUGCAUAUUCAGCCGCGAUGAGAGUGGGUUUUGGAUCAACUCCUCCGUGUCCACACCGAGCUGCGCACAACACGCGUGUUUGUACGAGGAACCAGGGGAUAAUGCACGCACGAGUGGAGUUUCCCGAUACAGUAUAUUGAUUUUAUCAACAAAACCCCCGUUAUUUCCGUAAAGCCCUUUUUUGUAUGGAGACGCAGCUGGCUGGUAAAAAAAAAUAUUCGACGUUGCUUUGCACUUCUCUCAGUUGUUGAGUUUCAUGAAUGCGAUUUGCUGUUUGAUGUAAAAAAAAAGUCUCCCUUGAAAAAAAAUCCACUCUACAUGGGACACAGUUGAUCUGCCCACGUUAAUUUCUUGCUCGCCUCAGACAGUCAUCAUUUCAACUCGUAACGCGCUGCCGCUCUCGAAUAGGGAGAGAGACAGUGAACGACUCUGAAGCGCUCGAAAGAAUCCCAGACAAGCGUGAAGAAGGAGGGCAGCCACGCAAUGAGCCGGUGCCAAUUUCUCCCCAAGCUCUGCGGUCCUCUAUGCUGUACUACUAAGGUGUUAUCAAACAAUGUAUUUGUACGUGCGAGGAAACCGGAGCACCCGGAGAAAACCCAAGCGUGACGCUAAGUUCUGUACCCUCUUGUCUCGCUAUUACACCAGAGAUCUUGAGUUCCCAUUCAUGUAUCUCGAGUUUGGAGCAGUGACAUGACUGAGUGGUCGCAGAGGUGCACAGUUCGAGCACCACAGCUGCCCUGGUUAAUCCUGCGUAUGUAUUAACUGUAAAUACUGCUUCACAGCGGACGUUAGAGAUUCCAUGACAUUUGAAAAUGAGUAGGCCACGUGAGCUGGUGCCAUGGUCAAAAUGUGCCAAAUUCCCUGCAAAUAUUCAUCUGGAGAACACAUUGAAGAACUGCUGCAGACUGCCUGUGAAACACAAGUGCCUUCGUGAUAGCCUUGCACGAUAGGAAUGGCACGAGUAACGCACCUGCGAAUAAUUUCACUUGGCCUUCGUGUGCAACCGAACUCCACGCCUCCCCAUUACAGCGAGUAUAUCGACAAUCGCUUCCGUGUAACGCUGAACUCCAUAUAUGCCUCCUCGUCAUAACCAGGGUUCCCGCGGUCACUACUCUAGACCACGUCUGGCAGUGCUCCGUGAGGCGCCAUGGAGCUGCCGUUGCACUGUUCGCGGCUGCUGCGCGACCUCAACGCACAGCGCGAGAGCGGCCUCUUCUGCGACUGCCAGGUGCUGGUGAAGGGCCAGCGCUUCUCCGCGCACAGGAAUGUGCUCUCUGCCUGCAGCGUGCAUUUCCGCACGCUCUUCCUCUCGAGGUUUCCUGGGCCGUUGGCCAAGCCAUGGGACGACACGGGCGUCGUCACCGCGACACUUGACAACCUGGCGCCCUCCACCUUUGCUGUCAUCCUCGAUUUCAUGUACACCGCACGGCUCGCUCUUACCGGCCUCAACUCGGAGGACGUAAUGUCGGCUGCCGGCUUCCUCCAGAUGUCGGAGCUCGUCUUCGCCUGCAAGGGCUUCAUCGGCGGCGGCCUGUUUGUUGGCUCACCGUCGGUGGCGGCUACCGACGCCAGCGAUAACGUCGCAAAUGCCCCGCAGCCGUCGUCGCGCAAAAAGAUAGCGUGGAAGGGUGACGGACAGCUCGGGUUUCUGAAACACAUCAGCCUCAAACGAGCUUUUCCCUCAGAGACUUCGGCUCGACGAGGAAACCAAGGCACUGCCUUUGGGGGCAAGCGAGACUGUGAGACGCCGAACAGCAAUGGCUCAGUUCCAUUGCAUAUGGCCACGCACGCCAGCCACCUUAACAUGAUAGUCGUCGACGUAAAAAAGGAGCAGGUCUCUCUGGAAGAGCCACAGCUCCCAGUGGAGACCACCAACGGAGAGGCAUGGUCCAGCACCCCCCGUUCCCAACCCGAGAGCCGCGGCAGGACCCAGAGAAUCCUGGGCACGAGGAGACGGGACCCGCGCCCCCAAGCCUCUGCUCAACCCGACAGAACAGGCCGGCGCAUGAGCCACAGGGACGAGGGCAAUGCCUGCAUCCCUGAUGAUGCUGGAUUUAUAAUCAUGACAGUUCCUCCGGACGGCAUCAAGCAGGAGCCAGAGGAUUGCUCACCUUCAAAUGUUGCAACGUUUGAGGGUGACAAGUGGGAGAGCAUGGACAGCUCGAUGAAGCAGCUCUCUCCAGGACCGUGCCACAACCAUAGCCUACCGGGCUUACGAGGACGAAAGUUUCGCGCCGGCAAUUCGGCACGAGAGGCCCACGUCUCCCUUGGCCCCCAGGACUUGGCAGGGAACCUGCAGUCGGAAGAGAACGCCCUUUUUACCAAGUGCAGCGGCAAAGAUUUGUGGGACGCCGGGGAGCAGGGUGAACGUUCGACGGCCGGAGGAUAUCCUGGCUGCCGACCAAGGGACGGCUCCGCCUGGGAGCAGCAGGCCGACCUCGCCGCUGCCGGCGAGAAGUGGGACGGCGGGAUGGCGCUCUUCCCGUGCAAGCACUGCCCGGUGCGCUUCACUGCGAAGGAGAACCUGGUGCGGCACCAGCGCACGGUGCACGCCGGGCAGAAGCUCAAAUUCUGCGAGGCGUGCCAGCGCAACUUCCGCGACAGCACUGACCUGCAGCGCCACCGCCUCUCCAAGCACUGGUGGCAGGGCCGCGACGGCACGUGCCCAUUCUGCCCCGAACGCUUCCGAGUGUCGAGAGAGCUGCUCAAGCACAUCCAGCACCGUCACAGAGGCCUUGCUGCGUUCUGACUCGGCAAAGCUGCCACCAUCCCCUCCCCGCCCAAUAACACUGUCCUAACGAGGAAGAAAUGUUUUAUACAUGACAUUUCGGGGCAAUGACCUACCAUAUUUUUCUACUAUGAAGAGCAGGAUUAGUGACGAUUUGUGUUGAGGAUUUGUUUUUUAAUAUGUAGAUUAGUUUUUAGUUUCAGCUCAUUGUUAAUCCACUGUUGGAUGAGAGCCUCCUGACACCGUGUCUACCAUAGCGGGGUUGUAUGACCAUAAAUCAGCAAGUUGAUUAGUGUAGGUUGAUAGAGGACCGGUUCAGAUAUCGCUUGCCACUGGUGUUAGCCGUUGCCUGGUAUCGAACUCGUUUUGCCGAAUUCACUGCGCAGCACGUUAACCACCACUGCACUCAACAUGUAGAUGGUAGAAUAUAAAUAUGAAACGGUAAGGUAUUAUUUGCAUGUUUUAGUUUCACACGAGCCUGUAGUGUAGUUGAUUAUUUGACAAGAAAUAAAUAUGCAUACGCACGGAUUCAAUCGUCGCGCUUGACACGUGAUUCCAUUGCCUUAACUGGCGAGGUGAAUCCUGUCGGUGCUGCCUUUGUUAUCAGCAAGCUACGGGCAACACUGAGGUACAUUUAGCAGUCUUUCUCUUGGGUGAGUUCCUAAUAGAAAUACAAAUUUCUACAAAUAUUCUGUUCAUAUUAGAUCCGCCCGUAUUGCCACCCUUCCUCCCCUGUCACCAACGGGCGUAGCUCAUGCGGGCAAUGCUUUUAACACCUGGUUGAAAAGCGCUGCAACUGGAUAAAUGAUACAUUAUAUCAAUGUAGAAGGAAGCCAAUCAGCGUCCAAGGGUGGCCUAAUAUGGGCUUUUUUGAUCCACAAAUCGUUUCUUUAGAUCCAAAAAUCAUGUGCCGCUUUCGAUCCUGAAAUCGUGUGUCAGGAAUCAAUUUAACGAUUAAAAUAAAUUGUAUUCAAAAUAUCAGCUUGUUCCAUGCUCGAACACAUACAGGUAUUCAAAAUAUCAAUACAUGUGGCGACGUGUUAAAGCAUGGAUCAAGCUUCGUAUCGUAAAAAAUCGGUCUAUUCCCGUUUAACCAAGCAUUGGCUUGUUAAAAACACGUCCAAUCCCGUUCCGGUAUUACUUGUUUGGCAAAGUCACGCCUAAUUUCUCCAUAAAUGGGCCUAAAUAAUAUAAAUCGUUCUCUCGCGGAUUCAUUUAAUGCUGUUCCAGCGCUGCAAAUGGUAACGCAGUGCGCUCAACCCUUGCAAGUGGACACUAGAGGGCGCUUUGUUACCUACAACCCACUUCGCUGCGCGCACAGUGAGAGGGCCUCGUGUAAGCGCCCGAACCCCAUAUAUCUGGCACGCGUCUCUUCGGUGUCCAAUCGCACCACUUCCAAAAUGCGUUGAGAUGCUUCAUUAGGCAGUGAGCAGUCCAGAUAUUGAAUCAGCACUGCCGAGUUCCUGGGUUUGAAUCCGGGUUUCAGCCGCCCGUGAUUAAACCGUGUUCCCAAAGUGUAGAGAGACGGUGGUCUCGCAGUUUCUAAUGACUAUGCAUUGGUAACUGUGACCGUAUGCAUUGGUAACUAAUGAUAAAUUUGGAUUUUUGCAGCUGUUUUCAUUUUAUUAUUUUGAUCCCCGUCUGCCAACAGUAACUCCUGGGUACACAUUCUGUUAUGUUUCCCUGUGGUCUCCCCCCUAAAAGUCGUCUCCUAUUAUUUUGCAGCCAACUGGUGCAUGACUUUUGUUUUGUAUUUAUCCUGAGCUCAACUUUGCAACUUUUUUUUAAUGUCUUCUUUGAGUUCGCUCUCAUAGGCAGUUCUAAUGACUGUCCUGCUGUAAGCGAGUCUGAAACGGGUUACUAUUUUAUAAGAGCAUUUAUGCCUUAAUUUCUCCAAUGAUUUUUUUUUUAAACAUCUUUUACCGUCACUGUGCAUAACUUUUGCGAAUAUGCAUCAACUCGGCCAGCCCCAUUUAAAUAUGCGUCCCAUUACAUAGUGCGAUCUCAAUGUGGCUGUUCCAUUUUUGUAAAUGCAUUUCAUUGCUCUUCAAUAUGUUUUAUUUAGGCCUCGGGUUUAUAAGAGCUUGGAUGACCGCAUCAAUUUACAGUGAGUUGAAUGCCUUUCCAUAGACCACAAAGGUUAGGCACAAUGGUAUUUUAAAUGCAUCGGUCUUUUCUCGAAGCCGAUUUUUAGUACUGUAUGUAUGUAGGAGCCAAGCGAACAGUGCUCUUGGAAAUAUGAAUUUGAUAAUAAUUGAAAUGUGCAAUGCUCUGCACAGUAUUUUGUUCGCUCUCGAAGAGAACGACUCCAGAGGGGCGAGUAGGAACAACAGACGAGUGGGAAACGCAGCAGCCAGCACAGGGGACGUCACUCAAAGGGACGAUGGCUGAUGGUCGACAAUGGCGAUGGAGUGACAGCCAAAGGAGUAAACGCGCCAGAGAGGGUCGACAUUGGAGUUGGGGCCAUGAUAUCGGCUCUCGUUGUCCUGCGACAGUGAGAGAUGGUGACGGCUCGGGGAGGCCUUCAUUCCAGCAGUGGAUAGGUCGUGGCUGGUGAUGGUUAGAGCUCUGGAAAUCAAGUGAUUCACUCAUAAGAGGUGGUUUGACCCCGGUCGAGGUAGUUUUGUGAUUUCGUUGGACGCUAGGUGGUGCUCUACUCACUGCAACAGACUCGAUUUAAAUGUCCUCUGACUGGAUACCUAGAGCACAAUUGUGAUUGGUGGAAAAUGGGGCAAAACAUGGAAAAGGCUCUCUGCUGUUGUCAACUGCUUGCAAAACAUGAAUGACCUUUAUCAUUUGUUUUCUUUAGCAAUUUAUAAAUGUGCCUAAUUUGCUUUCUCGGGAUCAAAUAUAUAAUCUAUAUACAGCUUGCAUUUUGGUAUUUUAAUAAAGCCUGCAUUAUAAAUAUCUUA